ACAGUGAUGCCAUUUAUAGCGUGAAUAUUGUGCAAAAUCGAAAUAUUUAUUAUUGUUUUUAUUGCAAAAAAAAAGAAAAAUAGAUAACGCGCCAUAUAUAUUCGUAAAUUGGAAUUAAAAACACGAAUUUUAAGACAUUUCCCGUGAAAAUUGGUGCACGUUUUCGGAAAAGCCGCUCUCCUGAACCUUUACCACCAUUUCAAGUUGCUUAAAAACUUCCAAAUGCUUUGAUAUUUAUUUAUAUUUAUUAAGUGUUGCUAAGACGGAUGAAAAUAUUGACAGAAAUGUCGAUCCGUCAACACUGCAUAGAUUUGCGCGCGAAAAUUGCUUAGAUCCAAUCAGCAGCUGUGUUUGUCAAUAUAAAAGUUAGCAUUUAUACACAGUUUCAUUUUCACAAUAAAACGGAAAGUAAAUAACCGAAGUACCUAAUUUUUAUCGCAUAUUUAGCAUAAUGAUAAGACAGCGUAGAAAAAGAAGUACAGAAGAGAACGCCGUGUUUCCGGCAAAGGACAAAGAAAAUACUGACCAGGAUGACAAUCCACCGAAGCGGCGUAGUGCACGCUUGACGCGCAACACACGCUCAAUGGCUGAAGAUGACAUUGUAGUUCCGGAAGAAAUAGAAAUUAAGCGCAAACUUCCAUUUAUAAAGUACAAGGGCGCUAUUAAAUACCAUACAGAAGGACAUGAAAUAGCAGAAGCGUCAGACCUAAUAUUUCAGUGGGUAGAAAAGCAAGUACAUACUGAAUUGGUGCCGAUGGCGUUUGACAUGGAAUGGCCAUUUUCUUUUCAAACUGGACCGGGCAAAUCUGCCGUUAUACAAAUAUGUGUCGAGGAGCACUGCUGUUACAUAUUUCAAUUGACCAAUUUGAAACGCCUGCCUGCUGCGCUGGUAGCACUGCUAAAACAUCCAAAAGUUCGACUACAUGGUGUAAACAUAAAAAACGAUUUUCGCAAGCUGGCUCGUGAUUUCCCAGAAGUAAAUGCAGAUCAUCUUAUAGAAAAGUGUGUAGACUUGGGUGUUUGGUGUAAUCAAGUGUGUCAAACUGGUGGACGUUGGAGUUUAGACCGCUUGGCAAAUUAUGUUGUUGAGCAAACUGUAGACAAAAACAAAAAAGUACGUAUGAGUAAAUGGCAUGUUAUUCCACUGGAUGAAAACCAACUUCUGUAUGCAGCUAUCGAUGUCUACAUUGGACAAGUUAUUUAUCGUGAAUUGGAGAAACGUGAAAAGAUAAAGCUCAAAAACGAGGUGGAAUUCAAAGAGAAAAAUGGCGAAGCAGCAUUCAAAGCUGUUAAGGCAUUGGGUGAAACCUUUUUAAAUAAGGCUGAAGAGAUUGCAUUGUCCGAUUCUGGAAAGCAAGAGGCUAAAACAAUAGAGUAGCAUGUCUCCCAAGAUAUAUUUUGAAGUAUUACAGUUAACACUUUUUACUCAAUUUUACACACUUUUAUAACUCAAUUCUUCUUUAUUGACGUAGACACCGCUUACGCGGUUAUAGCUCUAUUAGUAAUUUUUUUUGAAUUUUUAUGCAAUUGACUUCUAUAAUACAAAGGUGAUUUUACAAAUGUUUAAAUGGCCAAAAUAUAUUUAUUGGUAUACACUGUUCAACAUUUAGUCUCAAAUAAUAAAUGAAAUUUGUAUGUUCAA